CCCGCCCGUGCGGGCCUCGGGUGAGGAGAUGGCCGGCCGCCUCCUCCGCUUCCUCCUCCCCCUCUCCUUCGUCCUCCUCCUGCUGCCGGUGGGCGCCGGAGCCGUGCCCGAGCCCGGACGGUGGGACGCCAACGUCGGCUACGGCUCCAAGCCACUAAUAUUUAGAAAAACCAUGUUUAAUUCGACUGAGAUCAAGCUUAAAAUUAAUUCAUUCAGCUGCCCCGAUCCCGUGUCGUUUACCAUAGAGUGGUUUCUGAAGUAUCAUGCCUGUCACAAUGAAUUUAUCCACCUGGAAGAUAUGUUGGGAAAAAAUCCCAUCACUGGUGAUAAAGACUUCUGUGCCGAUUAUCUCCAAGGAAAGCAUUGUAUAAAACAAAAAAAUGAAAACCUGAAGUGCGACAGUGAAUUGCAGAUAUUUCCUAUGUUGCAUAAAAAAGGACAAAUCACAACAAAUAUUAAAAAGCUUCCAAACCACCGAGGAUCCACGGAUGAUGUUGUAGCCAAAACGUGGAGGGAUGGCCCACAUCUUUUCAUUGUUUCUAUCAAAACAGAAGAGAAAGCGAGAAACUGGAAUUUGACCGUUUCCGUUUCGAUGCUGGGGCUUCAUGGGUAUAUCUCGGCAUCAGAGUGGCCUCUAAUGAUUUUUUACAUGGUGAUGUGCAUCCUUUACAUUCUGUACGGUGUACUGUGGCUCGUCUGGUCCGCCUGUUACUGGAAGGAUUUGUUGAGGAUCCAGUUUUGGAUCGCUGCUGUGAUUUUCUUGGGAAUGCUAGAAAAAGCAGUGUUUUAUGCAGAAUAUCAGAACAUCAAUACCUCCGGACUUUCAUCCCAGGGUCUCUUGAUAUUCGCCGAAUUGAUCUCUGCAGUUAAGAGGACAUUAGCACGUCUCCUUGUAAUCAUUGUGAGCUUGGGCUAUGGCAUCGUGAAACCUCGUUUAGGAACAGUUAUGAAUCGAGUAGUAGGACUGGGUGGACUCUACUUCGUUUUUGCAGCCAUCGAAGGCAUUAUGAGAAUUAUUGGGGCAAAAGAAUCUGACCUUGUUCUUCUGUCCAGCAUUCCUUUGGCUUUGCUUGAUUCUGGCUUGUGCUGGUGGAUAUUUGUAAGUUUGGCACAGACAAUGAAGACCCUAAAGAUAAGAAAGAACACAGUGAAGUUUUCCCUUUACAGACACUUUACAAAUACUCUGAUCUUUGCUAUAUUAGCUUCAAUCGCAUUUAUGAUAUGGACAACAAAAAAAUUCAGAUUAGCAGAAUGUCAGUCGGAUUGGAUGGAGCUCUGGGUUGAUGAUGCCUUUUGGAGAUUCCUUUUCUCCGUUAUUCUUCUAGUGAUUAUGUUUUUAUGGAGACCGUCGGCAAAUAAUCAAAGAUAUGCAUUCACGCCUCUAAUAGAUGAUUCAGAUGAUGAAGUUGAAGAAUUUAUGGUGGUUUCUGAAAAUCUAGCGGAAGGAAUAAAGCUAAGAACUUCAAAGGCGGUUUCUAAUGGAACAGCUAAACCCACUACAAGCAGCAGCAAUGUUGAUGAAGAUUUGAAGUGGGUAGAAGAAAACAUUCCCUCUUCAUUCACAGAUGUAGCCCUUCCGGUAUUAAUGGAUUCGGAUGAGGAGAUAAUGAUGACUAGAAAUGAAGUGUCAGACAGAGCGUUGUCUUCAGAAAAAAUAAUAUGACCAAGACCUGUAAAACCAAGUCUGGUAAUGAAAAUUGACCACUCACCCUGAAUCUGAGAGCACACAAGAAAGAGAGAGAGAGGAGACCAUCACUGACUAUGCAUAAUAUUUUGAUAGGUCUUGACUGAUGUUUUUUAUUGUAUUAUCAUAGGAGAUAUGUAUAUUAACAUGAAGUUUCCAGGAGGAUUUUUCUUUCCACACUAUGUCUUAAGAUGCCAUUGUUUGUGGUUUUAAAUGUCAGUUAAAAUGCCUCAGGGGUGGUGGGUUAAGAAAGCAUUCAGAAGGCAGAAAAGUGCAAAUGAUAUGUCCUUACUUAAUGGAUUUUUCGACUGAACUCUUGGAACUGAGUCUUGUGGUAGGGUGAAAUGAUGGUAUUUUUGGCGUUAUUUUUUUUUAUUAUUUUUGUACACUCCCCAUCCAGCCUCCCUUUUUAGGGAGUUUUUAAUGUGGCACAUCCAUCUCAUGUUGUAGAGGUUUUCCCCAGCUCCUCGUUUAUCAUUUCUUUUCGAAGUGAUGGGUUCUUUUGCUUUUCUACUGAAAUGGCUGUAUAUAGAGUAAAUGUGGUUAAAUAACAUUAGCCUCUAUUUAUACUUUAUGAUUACCUUAUGACUAUUUCUUCUUUAGAGCAAAGUUCACCUGUAAAUAGGAAUAUUAGCUGCAGAUUUCAGUGCUGGAGGUCCGAAAGGGGCAAAACUUUAUUUCCUGCAUAAUCUUGAGGGUUUUUUGGUCGUGUAAACUUUUUUUAUCUUUGAUAGUUUACAUCUGGGGAUGUAUAUAAAAUUGCUGUCUUCCAGUUUUCUCACAGUACUCCACCUUUGACUGUUUUAGCCUACCUCAGUUUUUUGUAGUAUGCAGUUGUAACUUGCCACUCUGUAAUGUGACUUCAUACUAUUUGGAAUUUUUCUUUUUGAAAUGUGAAAUGCCCAAAGUGUAAAGACGAAGUGAAUGAGCUGUUGCGAACACGUGAAACAUUUACAGAUUUUAUUAAUUCUAUAUAACCAAAGAGGGGAGGCCACAUUUGACGAUAAUCUUCGUUUGAAUUUUUUAAGAAUUUGUUCUGAAUUCUGCUCCUUUGAAAUUUGGCAAUAAUCGGAGCUCAUUCAAUAUUCUAUUAGAUUGUCGUAACUUUUUACUAGAGAAGGGGAUUCUGAGCUUCUUGGCCACUAAAGUAACCUCAGCCAACAAAGCUUAAAAUCCGUAGCCAGAAGAAACCUCUAAAGAAAACUAAUCUUGAAUUUUACAGAAAAUUAGAACGCUAGGGUUCCUUCUCCUGAAAAUUCAUGCCUAACCUCAUUUAUUUGCCUCCCGUUCGCAGGUCCCUUCUGAGAUCUUGUCCCUGUGGACCUGUAAUUUUCACCAAGUAGUUUCAAAAAACGCUGCUUAUGGAAGGUGAAAGCUUAAAGGGCAGGAGCAGCCCUGGUUUGAAUGUACGUCAUCGUUUGGGGGAGGGCGAGCUGAGUUUUUUGUUUCAGGGUCCCGACCCCAACACAGCAAGCUCCUAAAGCGUCAGUUUUCCUCUAGGACACCUUAGUUUCCUAUGUUCUCUCGUGCCCGCUGGGCACCAUGUCGUGUAUGUCUCAGAGAGGAGGGCUGGGGGAGCUUUCCCGGCACUUUAUAUUUGUCCCGUGCCCAAUGCUUCUGGGCAGACGGGCUUUUUACCCACUGCAGGGCUCCAGGAUGCUAGAAUCACCAGGGCUCCUGGAGGUCACAGCUGAGAGGGAGCAAUACAUGCCAAAUAAGAGAGACUGUCACCCCUGCAUUCACCAUCCACCCUCGCCCCGGGCUCAUAGGAGCCCAGAGCAGCCCGACUCUGCAAGGAGGAAUUGCCGAUCCGGAGCUUCCUACUGGGAAAAUCCCCCUGGGAUGCUUCUCAAGGCACCGUGAUUCAAAACCACCGCUGCUUUUGGUGUGGGGGGACAGAAGAAAGUAGGGGGGCCCUCUUGCGAACUCCAGGACGUCCCCUUUUGACCAGUAAAAUCUCCUAGCCGGAGGCCUCCAGUCCGCUUCACGAGAGACUUGCUCACUGAAAGGAGGAGCUGAGGGCGAGGAGUCUGGGUUCUGGUCUUUCUGGAUGAAGCACUUAAAAAAACCAAGUGGGGCCGGCUUGGGGAACAUUCCUAUUGCACAGAAAACCUCCUUUAAAUAGGAUUGGAAAGUGCAGCCUCGCGGCUUUGAGCUAGAUGGAUGUUGACUUGAUUUAGAGGGUGAUGUUUUUAAGAAAUUAUUUUGGUAACGCCAAAUGAUGUAAAUAUGUAUUCUGAGCAGGUGGGCAGGAUCUUCCAAAGCUCCGUGUUAGCGCGAACCGCUUCUAGAAACACGAACCCUUAGUUAACGCUUAGGAUCGCGGAUACGGGAUCUAAAAACGGUCGGUUGCUGCUUCUCGUCCGGUUCUGCUGAAUCUGAACCACCGAACUCUCAGAAUCCAAAUCGGGCCGGCCUCCCGCAGAGCAAAGGAAUUGAGUAGGGGGUGGGCAGUCAGGGGAGAUUGGGGCCGGUUUUCAAGUUAGUCAUUUUAGUGCUCGCCUCUGUCGGAAAAACAGCCAGCCAGGUAGCAAUAGGAAAGAUUCUUAAUGCAACUAGGUUGCUUUGUUGAUUGGAAAUCGGAAAGGGUCAAAUUCAACUUUUACAAUGAAUCUUCUUUAGAUUUGGGGAGGACAGAAUGUCUUUAAUAUGAUGCGCUUUGGCCGGAGGAACUUUCUGGGAACUUGAAUUUGUUAAUUGGGGAAUAGGAAGGUUUACUCUGAUAUAUGUAUUUGAAGAGAGUAAUGGUCUCUGAUGUAAGUUUGAUAAGGGGGAAUUAAUUCUGUACCUGGGAGAUGACUGAAGGAAUUUCAUUACUUGAAAAGUUGGUGUAUUUCUGUGCCUUAAUGUUCUGACUUUUAAUAAAAUUGUUUCUGAAA